AUGCUCAUUACCUUCAAUCCCGCCCUAGGCGGCACAGUUCAUAUCACGCCCGCAUCAGUCCUUCCCGAAACCCAGACGAUAUCAUUACUCUUUACGGCCAAACUCAGCGCUAGCGACUACGACCAGCUCAAUCGGGACAGAGGACGCGUCCAGCUCUGGUCUGAUCUUCCACACAAAGAUAGGGCGUAUGGUGUGUGGGGCGAGUUCGAAUUCGGCCAGAACAGACGUGAAGAUGCACCAGGGUCUGCAUUAUCCGGUGCAUAUAGGGUGUCCUUAGGGAGCUCGCUACCGUCGUACGACAGCCAGGAGAAGACACUUUACCUCCCCGUUCUGUUGUCUGCAGAUGAAUGUUGGGCAAGGAGAUUCCUGUUCACUUAUCGCAUCGUCUACCCUUCGGGCGAGACAACCUGGCUGGGAGCGUUCGGACAAAAUGGAACAUUGUUCCUAGACCCAGUCGAGGCCAACACCCUACACGGGCUUUCCCUUCAAAGCGGUUGGGAGGUUGAUGAAGCGAAGGGUAGACGCAUAUUCGCGAUUCAAGGGACCGUCAAUUCAUUGCUGGUGGCCAAGAUUCCAAAGAUGACGGACUUCAGGAUUUGGGCUCUUGGGAAGGACAGCUUUCUGCCCAGGUUGAGAGAUACCUCACUCGUCUUCCUUGUUCCUCGUCCACAGUUGCGUUCAGUCGUUCUUCAACCAACAUACAUUCUCGUCGCCUCUCCUGGACUGACAGUAACUGUCUCUACCGACGGUCUUGUCACCGUCUCUGGAACAGGCAACAUUAUUCUUCGAACGCACGAUGUUGUUGAGGAAGACUUGGAGCAAUUCCUUCGACAAACAAUAUCGUAUACCAAUUUGGAUGAUUGGUGGAUGCUAACUGUGGACUCAAACUCCAAGGCUGUGAUCCUCGCUUCCAACGCGAGGCGCUACCCAAUUAAUGCGGCCAUCAUACCAUUUUGGCCUUCUGAGCAUCUACGCUCUCCUCUUCGCCUGGAGUUGAAGCGAUUGCAAGCUGCUUUUGAUGAUCCCUCAAGAAGUAAAGAUUUCGCGCUGUAUUCGCCGUACAAUCUGCAAAUGCACGCAUUCAGUGCGGAGAAUCAAGGAGGAAGAGUUCCCGAAGAUGUCGUCCUUGAAUACGAUGAUCUGAAUGGCGACUUCACCCUUUGCCCAAUAUAUCGCCUUCAAACGCCGGGAAAUGACCAGACGUCUAGGAAAAGUUGGGCAGCGAUUAUUCUCAAUCCCCAUACCGUCAUUCCUCCAUUUCCUUCAGAAGAUGUGCUCCCUACACCUCCUCCAUCUCCUCAUUUGAAACCUAUCGCCCAUCUGUUGCACGUUACUGCCGAGAGCAGGAUGUCAUCCGUUCCCUCCCUCCCUUCUGACACUGGCCUUUCAAUUCGACGUUCACCGUCGGCAGAGGCUCAGUCCUCUCGUGCUUCUUCAGUGAGUCCUGAUGAUGAAGACAAUCCUCGUUUGACGAUCACAAGGCCACCACGGCCGCCAUCUCCGACGAUGUCGAUGACAUUGUCCCUCUUUAGAACCAUUUUCGCCUCGGUCACCGUUUUCCUAAGACUCUUUUGUCGAUUCUUCUCGCCAAGGGCAUUCUUCGGAUUCGGUCAGCUGCCUCGGAACGGUCAUACUCUACCACCUCGAAGUGAUGAAGACACGGCUCAUCGCUUAACCGGUCCUAGCGAGCCUUCAGCCGAGGUUGCAGAAGAGACGAAUCCUGAAGUACUCCCAAUCUCAGUCGAAAAGACGACGGACACGAUCACAGCAGAAUCUGACCUUCAUCCCGAUCCCGACAUUCCAUUGCUCAGCAAACCCCAAGAGCAGUCAUACACAAUGGGACCCGAGUCUGGAAAUACAUCUACCACAGACCUAGGUCCUGUACGUACAACAGAUCGCCCUUUUGUAGGAGAGGGUCCUUUCUAUGCCGAACUGCACUUCAGUGUGGAGGAUAUGUUUUCCAAGCAAAGCACGGCAGCUGUUGCCCUCUUCCUCUUCCCAAACAUCUCCACACCCGAAAACGCGGCUCUGGAUGACGGGUAUUCCGCCAGCGCCACCUCCGUGCCUAACCUGAACGGAUUAGAAACAGCAGUGCGAUUCCUCGAUGGGCCUCAUUCAGGGUGUACGGUGAGCAAGUGCGUUGUCUUUGCACAUGGAACAGUUCCGGCCUCCGACCAAGAUCCAACUCGCGGCCAACUCGAGACACAGGACCCGAACUGUUGCUACCUUCUGGAGUACGAGCUGGAUCGGGAGGAUGUUCAGAAAAACUCGACGGUGAUCAGCAUCUCGUCACCUGCCAUUGCCAACCUCCGUGCUUGA